AGAAGCUUUCUGGUGACCAUCGUGAUGUUCACACUAUCCGCGGCCGUCUUCUUCCUUCUGUUGGCUAUCCCAAUUACAACUGCAAGGGACACAUGCGCGGCGCCUCCAGCGAAGACGUUGAUGCUGAAUGUGCUGAAGCCGACCUCCAAGGUCUUGGUGGAUUGCGCCGGGGAUGUGAUCAUUUCCUACAAGGCAAACGCCAGCCUCCUUAGAAGAGUUGUGCAAGUCGUUUGCGAGUAUCAUGACGAAUGCCACGGAUCAGUAGCGCACAUACAAGAACCUGCAUUCAACAUAGCAGGGGGCACUGAUGGAUUGUGGCUCGUCAAAAGGAUGCUGAACUGCUUCUGCAACAAUCAGGAGCUGGAAUUUGAAAAUGACGACGUGACCAACGCUGUCAUGCAUUGGAUUUAUGAAGUGUUGAGAGCGGACGCCUGAACAAUGCUUAGACGUUCCAGUGGAGAAAGAAUUUGUCAACGAUACCUCGCUUCUGUCUUCAUGAAAGUGUAACAAUAGCAAUAAACGACGUCGUCAGACUGAGUACGG